CUAUUCAAAUGAGCUCCCUGCUUGAGUAUCAAUUCACAACCACGGCUUAAGUCUAGCCAGCGGGAAUGAAAGAAACUGUGUCACCCAAUAGCGUGGGCUCCAUUGUAUCGGUGAAAGGCCCAAGCAGCACUCUGGGUAUUGUCUUCUCUAAAGGGGAGUCAGGUUACCUUGACAACCGCUGGAUGCCAGCCCAUAGGCCCUGAGAGACGGAGAAAAGGCACGGCCAGAGGAGGAGGGAGACAACGCCAAAAGAGACAAAAAAAAGGAGUGAGAUCCAGCAUCCUGUAAACAGAGGGCCAUGCAUGUUGCACUGCGGCCACGCAGUGGCUGCCUGGUGUUCUGUCUGUGCCUGUCUGUGCUGACCCUGCUGCUACAGAGCCUCUGGGUGCCACUUGAGAUGACCCGGGAUGAACCUGCAGGGAGGUCACCUGAGGAACACGGUCAACACGGGCUUGGUUUUCGCCGCUUGGCCCUUCGCUUGGAGGCUCUGAGUACUCAGGUGAAGAGGCUGAGCAGAGAGAGAGACGUCACGCAGCUGAGCAGAGACGAUCUCAGUCUGUUACUGCAGAGCUUCAGACAGGACCAGCAAGGCUUAGCCCGCUUGGUGGAGAAGGAGCUGAAGAGAGUGUCUCAGAGGCUCGACCAGCUCAGCCGUCAUCAACAGUCUCACACAGCUUCCCCACAUGAUGACCUCCGACUGCACACAGGGCCCGACGAGAAGUGUGAGGUGCCAAAGGAUCGUGCGUACCCGGCCUGUGCGGAGAAAGUGGAGUUCCUGCGGGCCCGUUGGCAGUCGGACCCCUGUUAUGCCUUUUAUGGGGUGGAUGGUACCACCUGCUCCAUGUUGACAUACCUCAGCCAAAUAGAGGACUUUUGUCCCCCUCGUCUGGGAAGAAACCACUCUGCGCUGCCAUGGCACCGGAAACCUCACUCUUACACAAAGAAGGCUGAGAUACGUACGACUCUGAGCCCACUGCACGAUGUCAUCAGCAACAGCAGUGGUCCUGCUGCAAACUUCAUCCGCUCCAGAGUGGAGAGGAUGUCAGAACGGUGGAUACAGGCCGCUCUGAGGAUGAGGCAGAGCAGCAACAAGACGCUCUCCACCCAGAUGAGGGUGCUGCUGUAUCCUGGCGCCCUGGCUGGGAGUGUUGGCCAGCGUUUUGAGGCGCUGGUGGAGAGAGGCGGUCCUUUAGGGGAGCUGGUCCAGUGGGCCGACCUCAGCGCCUGUCUGACAAUCCUGGGCCACAACUUAACCUUCAGCACCUCACAGCAACAACUCCACAGCCUGAUAGGUGCUGCGCCAGGCCGAGGCAGUUGUCCAAUCCGGAGGCCCCUCACCUUUGACCUCAUCUACACUGACUACCAUGGUCUUGCUCACCUUCAAGGCGCCAUGGGACUGGCUUUCCAGCAUUACCAGUGUUGCUUCAGAAUCCUGGACUCCUUUGGCACUGAACCAGCCUUUAACUUGGGGAGUUAUGCGCGUGGUCAUGGAUAUAAAACACUGUGGGGCAGCUGGGGUCUGCUGCCUCUGCAGUACAUGACCAUGUUCCCUCACACUCCUGAUAACUCCUUCCUGGGUUUUGUGAGUGAGGAGGCAGUGAGGGAGGAGGUGAGGGAGGAAGAGCUGGAGCCGGACACCUACAGGAAAGACAGGAUAGCAGUUGUCUACGGCAAACAGGACUCCAUGUGGAAGGGCAAAUCUGAGUAUGUAGAGGUUAUCAGUGAAGAGCUGGAGACCCACGCUACAGUCUACCAGGCUCCAGGACUCGCCUCUAAUCUGCCCAGCUUCAUCAGAAACCACGGCCUGCUGACUCAGGAACACUUCCUACGACUUCUCCGCAGAGCCAAGGUUUUCGUAGGUCUUGGGUUCCCCUAUGAGGGUCCAGCUCCCAUUGAGGCAAUAGCCCUGGGCUGUGUCUUCCUUCAGCCACGGUUUGACCCACCACACUCAUCAGACAACAAUCACUUCUACAGAGGCAAGCCCACCACAAGACAGAUCUCCUCCCAGCACCCUUAUGCUGAGAAAUUCAUUGGCAAACCUCACGUUUGGACUGUAGAUGUGACCAACAAGACUGACGUACGGGAGGCCGUCAGAGCCAUUCUGCACACAGAGGUGAAGCCUUUCACUCCCAGAGAGUUCACAUGUGAGGGCAUGCUGGAGAGGGUUCGUGGUUAUAUCGCUCACCAGAAUUUUUGCAGUAAAUCUCUCCCUACUUGGCCACCAGAAUGCGCUCUAAGGGUGCACCUGGGUCCCCUGGGUCAGUCGUGCGCAAAUGUGUGUCGACGGUCCUCCCUCGUGUGUGAGCCCGCUCUGUUUCACCACCUAAACAGUCCUGCUGCGUUCGCCAGACUCAAGAUAGGCUGCUCCAGCACGGGACAGGAAGUCAACCACCUGUUUCCUUCCUACAGCCCUUGGGGUCGACACUGUGGCCUUCAACAGGAGCCUCUGCUCUUCAGCUGUGCGGGCUCCGACCUCUCUCAGCGCAGACUGUGUCCCUGCAGAGCUCACCUACCUGGACAGGUGGCACUGUGUCCUGACUGCCUCUAAACACAACUGUGAAAGAACUCAGGAAAUAAGAAGGGAAGAGGAAAACAGAUGAUAUGAUAAAGACAGCACCAAAGAGUCAUCUGCAAUACAUACGGUACAGGUAGAGGAUCGAUCCCGAGCAAAGAGACGGCUUUCCUGCCAAUGAUUUUGAAAGUUUUGCGGUCUUGUUUGGGGAUGUUGGAAUAUAUAGAGUAUCUGCAUUUUAUUUUAUUAUCAUGUGUAAUCUGAAUCGUCAGCAUCACUGGCAUUUAGUUUUUCACAACAAUUUUCAGUUAUGUUGUGCCAAGUAGAGAGAGGUCAAAUACUGCAGGGUGCAUCUACGUUCUAGAUUUCACCAAUUGCGACUUUUCUCAAGACAUUUAUUACUCAGGAACCAAAAAUGAAUAAUUGUCUUUUUUAGUGUUAACGGGUGAUGAAAUCAAGGCGUGGCGUCUCAUGGCGGAGAACAAAAUCCCUGUUGUUUUUGUAGCUUUUCCUUGAUCCCUUAAGCAAAUAGUCUUUAGAUUAAGGCAAGAUGCACUUUAAGGAAAAAAAGUGUUUUGGUGUAUUUAAAUGAAUACACGUGAGAAGUGGCACUAAAAGCCAUUUAGUUCUCUUCUCCCGCUCCACAUCUUCAAUAUUAUGCUGAAUAAGUAGCUAAUCAUUCAUUUGCUUACAGUAAUGUAUCACACUGGUCAGCGUUGCAUGAGAUUACCGCCCAUGUAACCCUUCAAUGCAUUGCUGGCUGCAGAUAUUAGCCCGGGCCUCGGAGGAGAGCGCGUGACAGCCUAAGUGAUGAGGCUCAUUAUCUGAGUGAAUCAUGGAUAACCUCUGGAUGCCUUUGGGAAGUCACAGCCAUAUGACCAUGAUUAUACUGUCAUAUAAACCAUUGGUUCCCAACCAUCUUUGACUUAGGAAACCCCCUCAGCUCUGUUUAAAUCCAUGCCCCCCACCAGUAUAGGCAGAACCUCAUUGUUUGUCUUUCAAACACAUAUUUUGCGUCAUUUAGACUGGGGAAAAAAGUCACUGCAGGCAGGAUUAAUUAUGUUUUCUUGAGUUAUUUUACUAGAAAUUAUGAUUUUGAUCAUAACAGAUGACUCAUUUUACCCAGAGUUCUUGCGUUUGCUCCAAUAUUAUUCCUUGACUGCCUCAUGACUUACAGAUACUUAAAGCCCCUCAAGGGUAUUUUGCACCCCAGGUUGAUAUGAACAAACAUGGAAACUUUACAUACAGAUUAUACAGUGAUUUGGCCACAUUACACACGCAAAGAGAGGUUUUAAACUUGAGCGUUUCCAUUUCAGAAGCCUCAAAUGGUCACACAGAUUUAUCCCAUCAUCCCUGCCUGCAAAACCGCUUGUGAAAGAAACAAAUGAUAACAACUAAAGGUCAAACUACAGUGUUGUAAGUGAUGGGGUGCUGGAUUUACACGGCGCAGCUGUUAGCAAAGAUGGCUCCAACAAUGGCAACAAGCUGCUAUUUUGAACUGUGUCGAUGUGAGGCUUUUCUUGGAAUGGACGCACUCAUGAAUGUUAAUUGGCAGAGCAAGAGAGCUUUUCUGCCUCGAUACACUUCAUGUGACCAGAACAUAUUGUCACUCAGGGAUCAGACCGCUCAGGGCUGCGACGACAGGACUGGUCGACGAUGUGAUUGACCAGUAAAUGCCUGUGAAACGGUCGAUGAAAAAAACCUUUGUGAUGACUUUGGUAGACUCAUUUGGACCUGUCAAAAUGGACAUUUGCUUAAUUAGCUGAACGGUCCAAAUAUGAUGGAAAUGAACUUGUGUUUAUGUCAAAAGGCUGCUUGGAUUAAAGGAAAAAUAAAAGUUACUUUUGAAUCAGA